AGAAAAUCCUACUGAUUUCUACACAAAUCGGGAUGCAUGACUGGUUUGUCCACGCUUGAAACCGACAUCAGCGAAGACUUUUUUUUGCGCACUGUGCCAUUUUCAGCAAAGCAACAACCCUUUCGACAUGGACGAUGAUAGGAGGAGCUCGAUCUAGUGGAAGCGUUUCGUCUGGAGGGAGCACACAUUCGUCUUGUCGAACGUUGUGCGUACCGGAAUGUAUUGUGGAUAAAAGGAGAAAGGCCGUAGUGGGGCCAUCCUAUUCGAGUUUGGAAAUCGCCGAGGAGCUUGCCUCUGUUGUUGCAAAGAAAGCCUUUGCGUUUGGAGUGCAGAUUGUUGAUGAAAUGCUGAAUGCGGAAGAUCGACAUGGGCAAGCCGGCCUCAUUCAGAAUCCUCACUUGGCAACCCAGGAUUCCACUCCACCUUCAGAGAAAAAGCAGAAAGUAAUAGGCAGGUAUGGAGAUUGUACUCAACAAAAACCGCCCGCAAUCAAGAAGCCCGAGUCUGAACAGCGUCUUUCAGCCAUACCGAUCACUGCACUCCACAAUGUGGUGAACGAUACCGUAAAAGGAGUGAAGUACAAUGCUAGUGGAGUGCCAGUACUCAUGAAUUCGGACACCGGAACCACGAAAGCUCUUGAAUUUCAGCGCAAAGGGGACGAUAUUGAUAGAAGCGAAACCAUCAAUGUCGAGCUCAUCUCCGACGCAGAGAACAGUAGCGUUGAAAUCAUACCAUGGUCGUAUGGGAUUGAUAUUAGUUGUGGAGAUCCUGCCCGAAAGAAAGCCUUUGAGUUAACCGAUCCAAACCUUUCAUUCGAAGUCGUUGGCCCGAAUUUUGAGUACAAGAUCGGGCAAAGAAUUGGGAUGGCGGUAUAUCGCAACUAUGAGUUUGAUUUCAUGUCUACAGGUGAAAACGACAUCUACGCAAAUAAUGGGUGGGAUCGAAGCCUCAGCAAGGACGACAUCCUUCAAGUGUUUGGACCGGAUCACUCAGUGUCUACAUGUAUUUACACUGGUGUGAUCACUCAGCUUUCAAGCGACGGGAAAACAUUUGGGCAUGAUAUUAAUACCUACAAAGGCUGCUCAGGAGCCAUUGUGUUUCUCCUAGACAAGAACCAGGAUGGUCUCAUUGCUGACGAUGAUGCUGGAAAAGCGAUCGCAAUUCACGUUGGAUGUGGCCCCAGAAGCACCAAGAUGAACAUUGCUUUUACCGUCAGACACCUACUAGUUGCUGAAGCAUCAGGAAGCCCCUCCCUGAAUCUUGGCAAUAAAAGACAAGCUGGAAGCUAAGUCGUUGCAAGUCCAUUGCGUAUCAUUUCGUCGAUGGUCGCAAACCCUGCCGCAAGCAAAUAUCUUCUGUUCUCUUACACGUGUACUGCCGAUAGCCGGUGAACUACCAUUGUCGAGUCACUCCUUUUCGGUCGAUCGAUCCAUCGCUCCGGAUAACAAGAGGAGAGGUAUGCAACCGAAGCGGAUAUUGGCUGCGGAGAUCGUAGCACGAGGACCGAACCCAACGAACUCGCUGCCGUAUACGUGUGAGAGAGGCAUUUAUCAAAUGCAGCAAAAGCGAGAGGACACUCAGCGGCUGUCAAGACAGAGACACGUAAGUCUCCAUGCCAUAGGAGUCUACAAGAAGCAAGAAUCUGAUAAAGGGGCGUCAUUUUGCAGUCUUGAUCAUUCGGUUGGCUUAGCUGCGCUUCAAUCAGUUCCCAUGCCCUCAGGGCCCGAGAGGUGUUGUGAUCCGUGUACAGAAAGUACCGGUAUCCAUCGUUGAAAUAGGCUACAUGAAGUACGUACUGAGCAACCGCAACCCGCUUGGCUUCCAGGGUGUUUGCGAAGCCUGCAAAAGCAAAUAGUCUAGUAGCUUGGGGCAACCUGAAUCCUGAAUCAACUGUUCAGCCAGUGGUCAAUGUACAUGCAUGUGAUGGCGUAAUGGCCAAAGAUGGAUCAUGUAAGCCAUUCCAAAAAGCUACUGCAUAGAUAGGCCUUUCUUUCAAGCUUAGCCACGUAGCUGCCACGUACAUGGCUCGAGAGGCAAACCGUACCGAUGUCAAUCAAUCGACAGUCAUGGGCACGUCGCACAUGUAGACUACUAGUAUCUUUUGCAUUUUUUUGAUUUGCUGUGUUCUGCGGGGAAGCACUAGUACCGUACAAAGUUUGCACAGGCCAGGGUGGGUAUAUAUAGUGGUCAUAGUGUAGUCAUCCAAAUGGUGGAAAGAAAUGGCUUAAGGGUCUUCUUCUGUAAUGACUUGCUUUUGGUCAGGUGAAUGGUGAAUGUUCAUUGCAUUGGGGGUGGCUCAAAUCACUUUGUUUACCAGACUAUUUCCUUUGGACCCCCAUGUGUGCAUGGCUUACCACCUUCAACCCACUCCCACCGACUUCUACCACCUUCAACUGCAUGUUUUACCGCAUGAUUUAAGGUCUUUUUACCACCUAGAAAAUACUGUGUACCUUUACCACCUUUUCUUUUGGCGAUACAGUACAACUGAACUCGGAAAACUCGGAAGUAAGAGUUGGUUUGAGCGUUUGAGCCACCCAACCGGCAAGGGAUGGACG